GCACUCUGUCACACACAUAAAAGCCCUGCAGAUAGGGGACAUACCUACAGUGAUUCUAAAGGCAGGCACAGGGACACAGGAUUUCAGCAGGAGCGCAUCGUCACAGUGACAGAGACUAGAAGAGCCUGGAAUAUCCCAGAUACCGGAACUCAGAACGUUAACCAACCUCAUCCACCACCACACAUUGGACUUUCUUGCCCAUUUUUGAAGGCUGUCCUCUAGCUGGUUAAUCUACCUCAGCAACUCAAGCUAACCCAGACAUCAAUGAGUGUAAACAACUCUUCUGCCUACCGAUCGGAGCGCAGCUUUCACCAGACCUCUUCCUCGUCCUCCUCAUCCUCUUCCGCUAACCCCUACAUGGAGAAGGGCAGGGGGAUGUUCACCAACGACUUUGGCUCUUUCAUGCGGCCACACGAGGAUGACCUGGGUUUCUCCAGUCUGUCUGGGACUCCAGGAAACAUCAAAACGCUGGGAGACACGUACGAAUUCACAGUUGACGUCUGUGAUUUCUCCCCUGAGGACGUGAUUGUCACAACCUCCAACAACCAGAUUGAAGUCCGUGCCGAGAAGUUGGCAGCGGAUGGCACAGUGAUGAACACUUUCACCCACAAAUGCCAACUGCCGGAAGACGUGGACCCAACGUCUGUGACGUCGUCUUUAGGGCCGGACGGAGCUCUAACCAUCCGCGCACGCAGACGUCCCUCUAAACUGGAGCACGCACAGACCUUUCGCACAGAAAUCAAGAUCUGAUUCUCCUGAGUGUGUCCUUUAUGGAGCACUGAAGCACAACCCCCGAAAACAACACACACACACACACACACACACACACACACACACACACACACACACACACACACAC